UUUGCCAGUAAGAAUUCGUUCGAUUAAUACGUGCCAAAUAGAUACGGAUCAAAAUGACACGAUUAAUCGUUUUAUUGUGUGUAGUGGUUUAUGUGACCGCAGACGUUAAACAUCUUACAGAUCGUAAUGUUGAUCUUUUCAAAUAUGAUCCUAGCGAUGUAUACACCCUACCUGAGGAUAUUGAUGAUGAUAAACCAGCCACCAUAUUUAGCGGCGAUGUAAUGAAGGCUAAAGUAGAGAAAUUACAAAGUCUUAGUGGAAACAAGAAAUACAAAUUGGAUUUAAAGACACAAAACGGUAUAGAGGUAUCAAGUGUUGGCAAAUUGAGGGACGAUAAAACUUUCGUUGUUAGCGGUUCAUAUUCAUUUACCGGUGCUGAUGGAAAACGUUAUAAGACCAGAUAUACCGCUGAUGAAUUUGGCUAUCAUCCAAUGACUGAACUCGAUUUAGAUAUACCCGAGCCUCAACCACUCGGUGUUGGUUUAGGAGCUCUCAAUAACAAAUUUGGUGUUGAUGACAAGAGAAAUAGAUUCCAGUUUUUGAAACAAGAUUUAAAUUUGGAAUUAAAUCAAUCUCCAGUCAAAGGCAGUGGCCAAAGUGGUGAUGACUACAGUUAUUCCAAACUUGGCAGCAGCAAUUUCAAUGAAUAUGAAAGUCAUGACAAUGGUUAUGACUAUCAUCCCCCAACUCAAUCUUUUAAUGUGCCUGAUCCAUCACGUCAAUACCUGCCAGUUCAAUAAAAUCCAUUAUCGUAGUUUAUAAGUCAUUUAACACACAUUUUACCUUUUAGCGAAUUCUUGCUGCGUGACAGCAAAACCAUUAAUUUAAAGGUUUUUAUUUGUAAAAUAAAAUAACAUUCACAUAAUAAAACCUACUUUAAGCGUUUAAAAAAAUCAAAAAAAUCAACAAAAAUGAAUAUUA